AUGGCGGACCCCGCCACGACAUACCAUGCACAGGGACGAUAUGAGGAGACUGAGCAGCUCCACCGAUCCGCCUUAGACCUCCGUCGACUAAUCCUCGGAGAAAGUCAUCCUUAUACGAUUCAGAGUAUGGAGUACCUCGCUUCCACGUAG